AUGUUUGGUGCUUCUCGACCGGCAUUUGGACAGACGAGUACUUCUCCUUUUGGCCAACAAACUCAGUCAACAACCAAUGCGUUCGGUCAACAGCAUAGUGGAACCACAAACAAUCUGUUUGGAUCCAGCUCUGCCAACAACGCGCAAUCAGGGUUUGGUGGGUUUGGUACCGGCGGCGCUAAUACAAACCCUACGCAAACUAUAAAUUCCCCAUUCGGUAUGUCACAACAGCAAAAUACAACUACUUCUCCGUUUGGCGGGGCAGCAGCAGGAGCAGCAGCAGGUAAUUCAUUGUCGAACCCACCAUCCCUGUUUGGUGGUAGCCAAUCUAGUGGUACAGCGACAGGCGUUCUCUCUUCUGGACCUCCUUCUGGCACUGGAAUCAAGCCAUUCCAACCUUAUACGGAAAAGGAUGUGUCAACUGGAUAUCCAUCGGUGUUUCAAUCUAUUACUUGUAUGCCUGAAUAUAGCCUUUAUUCGUUUGAAGAGUUGAGGUUCCAAGAUUAUCAACAAAAUAGGAAAUUUAGCACCACUGCUGGAGGUCCGACAGCUUCUGCUAUUGCUUCGCCAUUCGGUCAACAACAGACAAAUGGUACUAACAACACUUUUGGUUUAGGAAAUAAAAAUACCAUCAGUGCAGGUGGCGCAACUCCCUUUGGUCAACAGCCUGCAAAUUCACCUUUUGGCCAGCAACAGCCUGUAAAUGCAUUUUCACAACCUAAUAACACUCCCUUUGGCCAACCACAGCAGCAACAGCAAACUGGCAUGUUUGGACAACAGCAGAAUAAUUCUCCAUUCGGGCAAAAUACUGCUUCAAGUUCUUCUCCAUUCGGUUUAAACAAACCGGCUACCUCUGGAGGUCUGUUUGGACAAAACACCACCAAUAAUAAUUCCGCAUUUGGUCAAGCCAACAACUCAUUAUUUGGUCAACAAAACCAACAGCAAAACCCAGGUAACGCAUUUGGUCAAAAUACUGGUUCAAACACCUUUGGGAGCACUUUCGGCCAAACAAACACCAACAAUCAACCGGGUGGUUUGUUUGGACAAAAUAACACCACAGCGGCCAAUACUGGUGGACUUUUUGGUCAACAAAGUAACGCCAAUAACGCAUUUGGUCAGAAUAAUAACACCUCAGGUGGAUUAUUUGGAUCAAAACCAGGUGGAACUACAGGUGGCGGUUUAUUCGGUCAGCAAGCACAGAACGGACCCUCUCCUUUCGGUCAACAAAAUGCUGCUAAUUCUACUCCAUUCGGUCAGGUAAACAAUACUCAGGCGGGUGGAUUGUUUGGACAAAACAACACCAAUACUGGCGGAGGUUUAUUUGGACAGCAACAACCAUCUAACACAAACAGUACAGGAUUAUUCGGACAACAAAGUAACGCAGCUAGCACUGGCGGUCCUUUCGGACAACAAAAUAGCAACUCCAUGAAUCAACAGGGCGGAGGAUUAUUUGGUGCGAAGCCAACUACCGGUGGCCUGUUUGGAUCAAACAACCAAAGUCAACAAGGUUCAACUGGGUUAUUCGGAGCUCAAAAUAAAACUGUAAUGGGUGGUAGUUCCGCGCUGUUUGGUCAAAAUAAUCAGCAACAACAAUCUGGCGGAUUGUUCGGACAAAGUAAUCAACCGUCUGCAACGGGGGGGUUAUUUGGUAAUCAGAACCAACAAACACAGCAACCUAACACCGGUGGUUUAUUUGGUCAGCAGAACAACAGUAUGGCAAACAACACCGGAGGAUUGUUUGGUGCAAAACCAACAGGAACUACUGGUGGAUUAUUUGGCCAAAGUAGUCAGCAGCAGAAUACAUCUAGCGGAUUGUUUGGUCAAAAUAACAACCAGAACAACACAGCAACGGGGGGUCUAUUUGGUCAAAACAACCAGCAACAAGGUCAAUCAUCGGGUAGUCUCUUUGGUGCCAAACCUUCCGGCACUAACGCUUUAGGAGCUACCAACGGCGGGUUAUUCGGAGGCAACACACAACAGCAGAAUACGGCUACUGGUGGUCUAUUUGGUGCCAAACCAGCUGAUAGUGCGUCAACAUCUGGUGGCCUUUUCGGCACUAAACCAACAGGUGGUUUGAGUAGUACCACUGGAGGUGGAUUAUUCGGUGGAAAACCUGCCGGAACUGCACCUUUUGGCGCAACAAACACGAACAAUGCCUCAUCAAUUGGUGGCGGAAGUUUAUUUUCUGCGAAUAAGCCAGCAAAUACUGGUUCGACAGGAUUAUUUGGAUCACAAAACAACACUUCUGGUAAUGCAAAUACAGGUGGUUUAUUCUCUUCAUCUUCCUUGCAACAAAACCAACAAAUGCAAAACCAGCAGCAAGCAGCACAAGCGAACUCCAAUCCAUAUGGUACGGAUGAGCUAUUCUCCCGUGUUAUCUCUAUUCCUAAUUCCAUUACUCAACCAACUAAGCCUAGUGCCACAAUGGUUUCUGCAGACUUGAAGAAAAAGAACUCCCUCUCCGCAGCAUACAAGCUGCUUCCAAAACCCUUGUUUGACUCUAAAAAGUCGGAACCGAACUCCAGAAAGGUUAAAAUUCAUCUAAAACUAUCAAAACCCAAGGAGGAAGACACUAGUUCGACUGCUCUAACAAGAAAGCCUAUGGAUUCUUCAAUUUUCACUGCAUCUACUGAUGAGGCUAUUUUAACUACCGGAGAACUCCUCUUUAAUCCAGACAAAAAGUCUUUCAAAAACCUUAUCAUCAAUCGCCAAAAGAUGGAAGAAGAUGAUACCUCAUCUGGUGAAUUGAAAUUCAUAAUCUUCAAUACUGACGACGGACCACAAAAGAAAAUGGAACAGAAAGAGAAUAAUGAUAUUUUUAGCAAAAUCCAAGAAACACCUGUUUCCAAGCAUCCUGAUCUUUCUCCCGAGAGAGAAACUUCCAUCAUUAUCGAUACGGAUAAAAAACGUAAAGUUUUCCAUAAAAGCAAGUUAGUGGAGGAUGACAUUUCAUUUACUGAAAAUGGUUAUUACAUAUCCCCCUCCUUUGAAACCCUAGAAUCUCUAACUUUAAUGGACGCUCGCAAGGUCGAAAACCUUGUUAUUGGUCAUGAUGAUUAUGGAAAGAUUGAAUUUUUGAAGCCAGUAGAUUUAUCUUUAAUUCCACUACCUUCGCUAUGUGGUAAACUUGUAAUCUUCGAAAAUAGAUGUUGCACCGUCUCGUAUAUUGGUGAUAAACCAGAAAAAGGUCAAGGUUUGAAUCUCCCUGCAAAAAUCACAUUGGUUGGUUGUUACCCUAAAGAUAAAUCCUCCGGAAAGCCAAUCAAAGAUCCGACUCAUCCGAUAUUGAAAAAACAUAUAGAGAAUUUGAAAUCAAUGAAAGAGGCCCAAUUUGAAUCCUAUGAUCCUGAAACAGGUUCCUGGUGCUUUGUUACUGAAGAACCUGUUGUAUGA